CACCUGCUCCAUGGGAAGGGACAACGUGACCUGGGUGAGUGAGUUCAUCCUAAUGGGCCUCUCCAGUGACAGGGGGACCCAGGCUGGACUCUUUGUCUUAUUUGCGGCCGCCUACCUGCUGACCCUGCUGGGCAAUGGGCUCAUCCUGCUCCUGAUCUGGCUGGAUGUGCAACUCCACCUGCCCAUGUAUUUCUUCCUCUGCAACCUCUCACUCGUGGACAUCUGCUAUGCCUCCAGCGGGGUCCCACAGAUGCUGGUGCACUUCCUCCUGGAGAAGAAAACCAUCUCCUUUGCCCGGUGUGGGACCCAGCUCUUUUUCUCCCUGGCCCUCGGAGGGACCGAAUUUUUGCUGCUGGCCGCAAUGGCCUAUGACCGCUAUGUGGCCGUCUGUGACCCCCUGUGUUACAUAGCAGUGAUGAGCCCAAGGCUCUGUGUGGCACUGACAGCUGUCUCUUGGCUUGUGGGCCUGGCUAAUUCUGCUAUGGAGACAGCACUCACCAUGCACCUGCCCACGUGUGGGCACAACGUACUAAACCAUGUGGCCUGUGAGACACUGGCACUGAUCAGGUUGGCCUGUGUGGACAUCACCUUCAAUCAGGGGGUCAUAGUGGCCUCCAGCGUGGUGGUGCUGCUGGUGCCCUGCUGCCUGGUGUCACUGUCCUACACCCACAUUGUAGCUGUCGUCCUGCGGAUCCGCUCCACCCACGGACGCCGCAAGGCCUUCGGGACCUGUGCCUCCCACCUCACUGUGGUCUCCAUGUCCUAUGGUAUGGCUCUCUUUACCUACAUGCAGCCUCGCUCCAUGGCCUCAGCUGAGCAGGAAAAGCUGGUGGUGCUCUUCUAUGCUGUGGUGACCCCCAUGUUGAAUCCUCUCAUCUACAGUCUGCAGAACAAGGAUGUGAAGGCAGCUUUGAGUCGAGUUCUGAUAAGGAGCUGUGCAUUAAAACAGUAGAGAGUGGUUUGGGUAAUGAGAGGCCCUCACUCUGAAGACAGUGGGCAUUGGACCUUGCUCUCCAGCAUAACAUGUGUAUGCAUGUGUGUGUACGUAUGUGCA